AUGGUCCCUGUUCGUUUUAAAACAAAUGAAGGACUUUUCUAUGAAAAUCUUAGGCAGGAUAUGCAUUGUAUAAUCUUUUUUGCUUACUUAACGUACUGUAAUUUUAACGACAAUACUAAGCCACUCUGUGAUUGGAAGCAAAGCUAUGAUGGAAGUGAUCAUGGAGACUGGAUUAGAGCAAAGUACUGCACUCCGACUGAUGGUACCGGCCCAGAUGGAGACUUUCCUGAUGGAUCUGGGUAUUAUCUCUAUCAAGAAGCAACCAACUUAAUCCCAGGGGAUAAAGUUAAGCUUGAUAGCAGGCUCUUGGUCAUCAACGGGGAUGUAUGUAUAGACUUCUGGUAUCACAUGCAAGGCUCGGAAAAUCAGAAUCAGCUGAACAUCAUAGUUAAAGAUGACACUACUUCACACACUGUUUGGCAAACCACGGGACAGCAAGGUUCAGACUGGUUGUAUGGCUCGGUCACUUUUUCUGUAUCAAGGGAAACUGAUAUUCAGGUCUCCUUUGAAGCUGUUCGAGGUUUGACAGAAUUUGGAGAUAUAGCCAUUGACAAUAUUGGAGUGAAGCAAGGACAGUGUGGAGCAACAACAAUAACAACAACAACUACCCCCUGGUCAACAACAUCAACUACCCCUGGUUUAACAACAUCAGCUACCUCCGGUUUAACAACAACAACAACUACAACCACAUCAAAACCCACUCCUCCUAUAAUAUCAGGAGGAACAUGUAGCGGCUAUGGAGAUCCUCAUUAUUUCACGUUUGAUGGCUAUCCCCAUACCUUCAUGGGAAACUGCACUUAUACACUCACAAAACUUUGUGAGGUCAGUAGCAGCUUGCCAUACUUUAAUGUGGAAGUAGAACAUGAGUACAGAGGAAGUAACACACGGGUGUCCUAUGUGAAAGAAGUCACAGUGUACGUUCACAGCUACAAAAUCAGCCUGGGAAAGCAAAAGGUGGUAAAGGUGAACGGACAGGACCAGGUGUUGCCAUUGAGCUUAUCUCCAGAUGUCUUCAUUGGCUUCAGCGGCCAGUAUGUUACCAUUACAGCUGCCUUUGGUCUACAAGUGAAAUAUGAUGGAGAUCACAGAGUUGAAGUAACUUUAUCUGAAGCCUUCCAAAAUAAAGUCUGUGGAAUUUGUGCAAAUUUUAAUACAAUCACAAAUGAUGAUACUCUAAACCCUGAUGGACAAAAAGAGUCAAACUCUGUAAACUAUGGAAACAGCUGGCAGGUUGGCAGUAAUGCUAGUUGCUCACAGGCCUCUGCAGUUUCACCGUUAUGUUCAGAAGAGGAAAUAAAAGAAAUUCAGAGUUAUGAAUCUUGUGGAAUGAUGCUUCCCUUUAAUGGCGUAUUCCAAUACUGCCACACUACAGUGGAUCCUCGUGACUACUUUUCAAACUGUUUUCAUGACAUGUGUGAACUUCAUCUAGACUCAGACACCCUCUGUAGGCACCUCCAAGCAUACGCAGAUGCUUGUCAUGCUGCAGGAGUAACUGUACUACCAUGGAGAAAUGCAACAUUUUGCCCCCUGAAGUGUCCAGCGAACAGUCAUUAUGAGCAAUGUGGCACAGCCUGUCCAGCCACUUGUGUCAAUCCAGCAUCACCAUCCAAAUGUUCUCUUCCAUGUACUGAAGGGUGUUUUUGUGAUACAGGCUAUGUCCUCUAUAAUGAUAAGUGUGUUACCAAUGACCAGUGUGGAUGCUGGGAGGAUGGAAAACAUCACCCUGUAGGUUCUGAAUUCUGGACCGAUGAUUCAUGUGCUACUAAAUGUAGUUGUCCUUCAGCAGGAAGUGACUUAGUCUGUAACUCUGCUUCAUGCCCACCUGAUACAUACUGUGGUGUGGACAAUGGAAUUCUUGGCUGCUAUGAGCUUGUGCUUGGUGAAUGUACAAUAUAUGGAGAUCCACACUACAACACUUUCGAUAAACAAGUACACCAUUUUAUGGGUACAUGUACCUAUACCCUCUCCAAGACUUGUAACGUUAAUGCAUACCUGCCUACUUUUAAUGUUCAAGCUAAGAACGAGCACCGUGGGAACCCAACAGUGUCUUGGAUAAGAAGUGUUACAGUAGAAGUUUACAACUAUAACAUAACAAUGGUGAAAAAUGAGCCCAAUAGAGUUUUGCUUAAUAAUGUCUGGAGAAAUCUACCAGUAACUCUGAUUGACAAAGAUGACCCAUUGACAAGUACUGACUGGCUUGUGCAUAUCUCCAGAAGUGGUAGAUAUAUAGUAGCAGAAACUAAUUUCUACCUCAGAGUCUCUUAUGAUACUGAUCAUACAGUUUCUGUAAUGGUGCCAGUUUACUACUACAAUAUGACAUGUGGAAUAUGUGGAAAUUUUAAUGGCAUUCCACAUGAUGACUACUUGAUGCCUAAUGGGCAGCUGGCACAGAACUCUAAUCAGUUGGGAGAUAGCUGGAAGGUCGAAGAUGAUGAUCCAUUGUGUAACACAAUUACCCCUACACCUCCACCUCCAUGCCCACCAGAAACUGAAGAUCUUUAUGGAAGUGAUGCCUUCUGUGGAUUGUUAAGAAAUAAGAAUGGACCAUUCCAAGCUUGCAUAUCAGUAAUCAACCCUGAGCGCUUCUUUGACAGCUGUGUAUAUGAUCUCUGUGUACUUGGAGAAAGUAAUUUAUGUCAAGCAAUAGAGGCAUAUGCUGAUGCCUGUCAAAGAGUUGGAGUUAUUGUUGCUUGGAGAAACUCUUCUUUCUGUCCCAUUGACUGUCCUACAAAUAGUCAUUACAAUGCAUGUAGCAAUGCUUGUCCUGCCACCUGCACAUCUCAAAAUUCAGACGACUGUAAUAAGCCAUGUACUGAUGGGUGUGAAUGCGAUGAUGGCUUUGUUCUCAGUGGAACCUCUUGUAUUCCUGUCAGUGACUGUGGAUGCAAUUAUGAUGACAAAUACUAUCAGAAAGAUGAAAUGUUCUGGGAAGGGGAAUGUGAGAGAUACUGCCACUGUGUAGGAAACAAUAAGGUGAACUGCGUAGAGCAAUCGUGCGGACCUCAUGAAAUCUGUAAAGUACACAAUGGAGUAAAGACUUGUGUAGCAGCAAACACAGCAAUCUGUCAUGUAUAUGGAGAUCCCCAUUACAUCACUUUUGAUGGGACAUUGUACCAUUUCCAAGGAGCUUGCAAUUACACAGUGGUGGAGACCUGUGGAAACUCUUCAUUUGUAGACUUUUUAGUCACAACAAGGAAUGAACACCGAGGAAGCCCUACAUGGACAGCGAUAAAUUCAGUUGCAGUUAGGAUUGACAGUCUUCAUAUCAUAUUGGGAAAAAAUAGAGUUGUGGAGAUAAAUGGAGUGAUUACGCCAUUGCCUGAGAACUCAAUACCUGGCAUCUCCAUCCAGUUGAGGGAUUCUUUUGUUGUUCUACAAACGCACUUUGGACUUGAAGUGAAAUUUAAUGGAGAUCACGAACUUUUCGUUAAAGUAAAUGAGAACUUUAAGGACCAGCUUUGUGGUCUCUGUGGCACCUACAAUGGUAAUUAUCUGGAUGAUUUUCUAACUCCUGGAGGUGUAUUGGCACCAAAUUCCAAUGACUUUGGAAAGAGCUGGCGUAUUCCUGAUGAUAAUUGGAUUUGUGAAGAUGAUGUUGUUGAGCCGCCUCCUUGUGAUCCUGCAUUAGAAAUCAAAUAUGAAGACGAAUGCAGAGUCAUCUUGUCAGGCAGUGGUCCUUUCAAGAAUUGUCAUUACCUCAUUCAACCCCAGUUGUACUUUGAGAACUGUGUAUACGAUCUAUGUGCUACUGGUGGCAACCAAGAUCAAUUCUGCAAUGCCUUAGAGUCUUAUGCUGCAGCCUGUGAGAAUGCAGGUGUGACUAUUGGGGACUGGAGAGAAGACACUGUGUGUAGUUCUAAAACAUCAACCACAACUACCACCAUUACCAUCACAACAACACCAACAGUAUCAGACGCCUGUGAUCUGGAUUGUUCCUUCGAUGUUGAUCUAUGUAACUGGAAGCAGUCGGUCAAUGAUGAUAUGGACUGGAUACGGUGGAGGGGUUCAACUCCAUCUUCUCUUACUGGACCUUCUUAUGACCACACAACUGGAGGUGGAUACUAUCUGUACAUUGAUGGACGUUUUUCAAGUCCGGGAAAUAUAGCAAGGUUGGAGAGUCCGGCUAAUUGUUUGACAGGAAAGCGCUGCAUUCGUUUCUGGUACCACAUGUAUGGAGUCGCAGACUAUAUGCAGCUGAGGGUUUCUGUAUUGAAAGACAAUGGUAUGGAAGUUGUAUUCGACAGACUGGGAAAUGCAGGAGAUGUAUGGCGUUUAGGAGAGAUUUUCUUGCCAGACGGUAACAUCACAAAGAUUUAUUUUGAAGGAAUUAGAGGGGAAGAUUUUCGAAGUGAUGUCGCCAUUGAUGACAUCUCUUUUGUUUAUUGUACAGAUACUACAACCACGAGCCCUACUACUCCUACUACUACCAGGACUACCACCACCACCACGACAACAGUAACAGCUACUCCAACUACCACUGAGGAAUUGCCACUUCUACCAGGAAUAUGCGAGGUCAAUGGGGAUCCUCAUUAUUACACCUUUGAUAAGAACGUUCACCAUUUUAUGGGGAUCUGCACAUAUACCUUAUCAAAAUUAUGUGAACAUGAUGGACAUCUGACUGACUUCAAUGUGGAAGCAACAAAUGAGCACAGAGGAGGAAAUACUAGAGUGUCCUAUGUCAAGUAUGUGACUGUGGAUGUGCAUGGAUAUAGGAUCACGCUGGAGCAGAAGAGGAUAGUCAAGGUAGAUGGAAUUAUUGUCACCUUACCAAAAGCUCUAGCACCAGGUAUUAAUAUAUUCCUGAGUGGACAUGAUGUUGUGGUUACAACAGCUUUUGGCCUUAAUGUAAAAUUUGAUGGAAACCAUAGAGUGGUGGUGACUAUUCCCAGUGAAUAUGCGAAUAAAGUGUGCGGACUCUGUGGUAAUUUCAAUGGAAAUAAGACGGAUGACUUCUUAAACCCAGAUGGAGAAUUAGAGCCAGACUCCAACAGUCUUGGCAACAGUUGGCAAGUUGACAAUGACACCAGUUGUUCUUCAGGUCCACCACCUCAGCCUGUCUGUACCGACGAUGAGAAAGUGACAAUUGCCAGCAAUAGCUUCUGUGGAAUCAUCACCGACAAGAAUGGUCCAUUUAGAGAUUGUCAUGGUGUUGUAGACCCACAAAUCUACUUCAAUAAUUGUCUUUAUGACCUAUGUGAAUUGAAUCUGGAUCCUGGUUCCCUGUGUGACAAUCUUCAGUCCUAUGCACAGUCCUGUCAGUCUAAUGGAGCCGUAGUACAUCCAUGGAGAAAUGACACUUUUUGCCCCCUGAAAUGUCCAGCCAACAGUCAUUAUGAGCAAUGUGGCACAGCUUGUCCAGCCACUUGUGUCAAUCCAGCAUCACCAUCCAAAUGUUCUCUUCCAUGUACUGAAGGGUGUUUUUGUGAUACAGGCUAUGUCCUCUAUAAGGAUAAGUGUGUUACCAAUGACCAGUGUGGAUGCUGGGAGGAUGGAAAACAUCACCCUGUAGGUUCUGAAUUCUGGACCGAUGAUUCAUGUGCUACUAAAUGUAGUUGUCCUUCAGCAGGAAGUGACUUAGUCUGUAACUCUGCUUCAUGCCCACCUGAUACAUACUGUGGUGUGGACAAUGGAAUUCUUGGCUGCUAUGAGCUUGUGCUUGGUGAAUGUACAAUAUAUGGAGAUCCACACUACAACACUUUCGAUAAACAAGUACACCAUUUUAUGGGUACAUGUACCUAUACCCUCUCCAAGACUUGUAACGUUAAUGCAUACCUGCCUACUUUUAAUGUUCAAGCUAAGAACGAGCACCGUGGGAACCCAACAGUGUCUUGGAUAAGAAGUGUUACAGUAGAAGUUUACAACUAUAAUAUAACAAUGGUGAAAAAUGAGCCCAAUAGAGUUUUGCUUAAUAAUGUCUGGAGAAAUCUACCAGUAACUCUGAUUGACAAAGAUGACCCAUUGACAAGUACUGACUGGCUUGUGCAUAUCUCCAGAAGUGGUAGAUAUAUUGUAGCAGAAACUAAUUUCUACCUCAGAGUCUCUUACGAUACUGAUCAUACAGUUUCUGUAAUGGUGCCAGUUUACUACUAUAAUAUGACAUGUGGAAUAUGUGGAAAUUUUAAUGGCAUUCCACAUGAUGACUACUUGAUGCCUAAUGGGCAGCUGGCACAGAACUCUAAUCAGUUGGGAGAUAGCUGGAAGGUCGAAGAUGAUGAUCCAUUGUGUAACACAAUUACCCCUACACCUCCACCUCCAUGCCCACCAGAAACUGAAGAUCUUUAUGGAAGUGAUGCCUUCUGUGGAUUGUUAAGAAAUAAGAAUGGACCAUUCCAAGCUUGCAUAUCAGUAAUCAACCCUGAGCGCUUUUUUGACAGCUGUGUAUAUGAUCUCUGUGCACUUGGAGAAAGUAAUUUAUGCCAAGCAAUAGAGGCAUAUGCUGAUGCCUGUCAAAGAGUUGGAGUUACUGUUGCUUGGAGAAACUCUUCUUUCUGUCCCAUUGACUGUCCUACAAACAGUCAUUACAAUGCAUGUAGCAAUGCUUGUCCUGCCACCUGCACAUCUCAAAAUUCAGACGACUGUAAUAAGCCAUGUACUGAUGGGUGUGAAUGCGAUGAUGGCUUUGUUCUCAGUGGAACCUCUUGUAUUCCUGUCAGUGACUGUGGAUGCAAUUAUGAUGACAAAUACUAUCAGAAAGAUGAAAUGUUCUGGGAAGGGGAAUGUGAGAGAUACUGCCACUGUGUAGGAAACAAUCAGGUGAACUGCGUAGAGCAAUCGUGCGGACCUCAUGAAAUCUGUAAAGUACACAAUGGAGUAAAGACUUGUGUAUCUGCAAACACAGCAAUCUGUCAUAUAUAUGGAGAUCCCCAUUACAUCACAUUUGAUGGGACAUUGUACCAUUUCCAAGGAGCUUGCAAUUACACAGUGGUGGAGACCUGUGGAAACUCUUCAUUUGUAGACUUUUUAGUCACAACAAGGAAUGAACACCGAGGAAGCCCUACAUGGACAGCGAUAAAUUCAGUUGCAGUUAGGAUUGACAGUCUUCAUAUCAUAUUGGGAAAAAAUAGAGUUGUGGAGAUAAAUGGAGUGAUUACGCCAUUGCCUGAGAACUCAAUACCUGGCAUCUCCAUCCAGUUGAGGGAUUCUUUCGUUGUUCUACAAACGCACUUUGGACUUGAAGUUAAAUUUAACGGAGAUCACGAACUUUUCGUUAAAGUAAAUGAGAACUUUAAGGACCAGCUUUGUGGUCUCUGUGGCACCUACAAUGGUAAUUAUCUGGAUGAUUUUCUAACUCCUGGAGGUGUAUUAGCACCAAAUUCCAAUGACUUUGGAAAGAGCUGGCGUAUUCCUGAUGAUAAUUGGAUUUGUGAAGAUGAUGUUGUUGAGCCGCCUCCUUGUGAUCCUGCAUUAGAAAUCAAAUAUGAAGACGAAUGCAGAGUCAUCUUGUCAGGCAGUGGUCCUUUCAAGAAUUGUCAUUACCUCAUUCAACCCCAGUUGUACUUUGAGAACUGUGUAUACGAUCUAUGUGCUACUGGUGGCAACCAAGAUCAAUUCUGCAAUGCCUUAGAGUCUUAUGCUGCAGCCUGUGAGAAUGCAGGUUCUAAAACAUCAACCACAACUACCACCAUGACCAUCACGACAACACCAACAGUAUCAGACGCCUGUGACCUGGAUUGUUCCUUCGAUGUUGAUUUAUGUAACUGGAAGCAGUCGGUCAAUGAUGAUAUGGACUGGAUACGCUGGAGUGGUUCAACUCCAUCUUCUCUUACUGGACCUUCUUAUGACCACACAACUGGAGGUGGAUACUAUCUGUACAUUGAUGGACGUUUUUCAAGUCCGGGAAAUAUAGCAAGGUUGGAGAGUCCGGCUAAUUGUUUGACAGGAAAGCGCUGCAUGCGUUUCUGGUACCACAUGUAUGGAGUCGCAGACUAUAUGCAGCUGAGGGUUUCUGUAUUGAAAGACAAUGGUAUGGAAGUUGUAUUCGACAGAAUGGGAAAUGCAGGAGAUGUAUGGCGUUUAGGAGAGAUUUUUUUGCCGGACGGUAACAUCACAAAGAUUUAUCUUGAAGGAAUUAGAGGGGAAGAUUUUCGAAGUGAUGUCGCCAUUGAUGACAUCUCUUUUGCUUAUUGUACAGAUACUACAACCACGAGCCCUACUACUCCUACUACCAGGACUACCACCACCACCACGACAACAGUAACAGCUACUCCAACUACCACUGAGGAAUUGCCACUUCUACCAGGAAUAUGUGAGGUCAAUGGGGAUCCUCAUUAUUACACCUUUGAUAAGAACGUUCACCAUUUUAUGGGGAUCUGCACAUAUACCUUAUCAAAAUUAUGUGAACAUGAUGGACAUCUGACUGACUUCAAUGUGGAAGCAACAAAUGAGCACAGAGGAGGAAAUACUAGAGUGUCCUAUGUCAAGUAUGUGACUGUGGAUGUGCAUGGAUAUAGGAUCACGCUGGAGCAGAAGAGGAUAGUCAAGGUAGAUGGAAUUAUUGUCACCUUACCAAAAGCUCUAGCACCAGGUAUUAAUAUAUUCCUGAGUGGACAUGAUGUUGUGGUUACAACAGCUUUUGGCCUUAAUGUAAAAUUUGAUGGCAACCAUAGAGUGGUGGUGACUAUUCCCAGUGAAUAUGCGAGUAAAGUGUGCGGACUCUGUGGUAAUUUCAAUGGAAAUAAGACAGAUGACUUCUUAAACCCAGAUGGAGAAUUAGAGCCAGACUCCAACAGUCUUGGUAACAGUUGGCAAGUUGACAAUGACACCAGUUGUUCUUCAGGUCCACCCACUCAGCCUGUCUGUACCGACGAUGAGAAAGUGACAAUUGCCAGCAAUAGCUUCUGUGGAAUCAUCACCGACAAGAAUGGUCCAUUUAGAGAUUGUCAUGGUGUUGUAGACCCACAAAUCUACUUCAAUAAUUGUCUUUAUGACCUAUGUGAAUUGAAUCUGGAUCCUGGUUCCCUGUGUGACAAUCUUCAGUCCUAUGCACAGACCUGUCAGUCUAAUGGAGCCGUUGUACAUCCAUGGAGAAAUGACACUUUUUGCCCUCUCAAGUGUCCAUCAAACAGCCAUUAUGAACAGUGUGGGACAGCCUGCCCAGCAACAUGUGUGAAUCAAAUAUCUCCAUCUAAAUGCAAUCUGCCAUGCACAGAGUCAUGUAUAUGUGAUCCUGGCUAUGUUUUGUACAAUAACAAAUGUGUAGCCAGUCUCCAGUGUGGAUGUUGGGACAAUGAUAGCCAUUAUCCUGUAGGAUCUGAAUUUUGGAAAGAUGACACUUGCACCACAAAAUGCAGAUGUCCUUCCCCUGGAAGCAGUUUAGUGUGUCAGAGUAACAAAUGUCCAGACAACCAGUACUGUGCAGUGACAAACCAAAUUCCUAACUGUGUUUACUACUCAUACGGGGUUUGCCGGGUGCACAAUGAUCCCCACUACGAUACAUUUGACAAACAAAAUCACCACUUUAUGGGUCUUUGCACAUAUACUUUGUCUAAAUUAUGCACCAACUCCUCAUCACUUCCAUACUUUAAUGUGGAAGCCAAGAAUGAACAUAGGGGGAAUCCUUCUGUUUCCUAUGUGCAAAGAGUGCUUGUGGAAGUUUAUGGUUACAGAAUUCAUAUUGUAAGAAGAGAAAUAUCUCGCAUUUUGGUCAAUAAUAUUUGGACGACUCUUCCAGUAACUUUGAAUGGAGGUGCUGUGAAAGUGGCUAUAAGUGGACGAUAUGUAGUUCUAGACACUGAUUUCAAACUUAAAGUCUCUUAUGACACUGAUCAUUCUGUGGAAGUGAAAUUACCCAACACAUUUGCCAGUGAAGUUUGUGGUAUGUGUGGUAACUUCAACAAUAAAAGACCGGAUGACUUCCAGAUGCCAAAUGGGCAAUUGGCCCAAAAUUCUAAUGAAUUAGGGAAUAGUUGGCUAGUCUAUGACAGAGAUGAUCCAGAUUGUGCAUUGGAACCAACUCAACCACCACCCCCUACGUGUCCUCCAGAGAAGGAAAAUCUGUAUGAAAGUGAUACAUUCUGUGGUUUACUAACAAGCAAAGAUGGUCUGUUUGGUAUAUGUCACUCUGUGGUAGAUCCUAGCAACUUCUUUCAAAGCUGUGUGUACGAUCUGUGCGCUUUAGAUGGAGACAGAAAUGUUUUGUGCACUGCUUUAGAAGCUUAUGCUGAUUCCUGUCAACAACAAGGAGUCACCAUUCCAAACUGGAGAUACAAUACAUCUUGUGGAGUUCCACCCUGUCCAAAUAAUAGCCAUUAUAAUGAAUGCAUGACUGCAUGUCCGGCCACCUGCUUGGAUCCACACGCUCCAGAGAAAUGUAGCUCUCCAUGUGUGGAAGGAUGCAAAUGUAAUGAUGGUUAUGUCCUCAGUGCAGGGGCUUGUAUUUCUCAAUCACAAUGUGGUUGCUGGUACAAUGACCAAUAUUACAAUAGAGGGGAUGAAUUUAUUGAAGAAAACUGUGAGAGAAAAUGUCAGUGUCAGGAAAACAAUAUAGUGUCUUGUUCACCUAUGUCUUGUCCGCAAGAUGAAAUCUGUAAGGUGCAAAAUGGAUUGCUGGGCUGCUAUCCACUAAAGACAGCCAUAUGCCACAUUUAUGGUGACCCCCAUUAUAACACUUUUGAUGGUACACUCCAUCACUUCCAAGGAUCUUGUAACUACACUGUGUCAGAGACCUGUGCCAAUACCUCACACAGUUUUAGUGUCACCACACGCAAUGAGCACAGAGGUAACCCAAGCUGGACCGCCAUUAAUUCUGUUGCUGUGACUGUAGACGGUGUGCAUAUCCGAAUAGAGAAGAACAAUAUUGUGCAUGUUAACAAUGUUUUGGUUACUCUUCCUACACAAGUGUCUGACAUAAGCAUCAUACAAAGUGGCCAGUAUGUUGUAGUUAAUACCAACUUUGGCCUCCAGAUUAAAUUCAAUGGAGAUCAUGAGCUACUUGUUAUAGUGGAUGAGAAAUAUAAAGAUUUGUUGUGUGGGUUGUGUGGUACUUACAACGAUAACCGCCUUGAUGACUUCAUGACACCCGAGGGCAACAUUGUAACUGAUGUCAAUGAAUUUGGAAACAGCUGGAGAGAACCAGAUGAUGGAUGGCCGUGUGACCCCAGUCCUCCUCCACCAUCUACAUGCCUUCCCAACAUACAACAAGAAGCUGAGGAUAAGUGUGAAAUACUAAAGCUCCUCAAUGGCCCCUUUGCACAAUGUCAUGCUCUCAUACCUCCAUAUCAAUACUUUGAGAGUUGUGUAUAUGACCAAUGUGCGACAGGUGGAAAAGAUGAUUAUCUCUGUAGCUCACUAGAAUCUUAUGCUGCAGCAUGUGAAUCCAUGGGGGUAUCUCUUGGUGAUUGGAAAAAAGAUACUGUUUGUGAUACUACAACCACAAGCCCUACUACUCCUACUACUACCAGGACUACCAUCACCACGACAACAGCAACAACUACUCCAAAAACUACCACUGAACCAUUGCCACUGCCACCAGGAAUAUGUGAGGUCAAUGGGGAUCCCCAUUAUUACACAUUUGACAACAACGUUCACCAUUUUAUGGGGAUCUGCACAUACACCCUAUCAAAAUUAUGUGAACAUGAUGGUCAUCUGACUGACUUCAAUGUGGAAGCAACAAAUGAGCACAGAAGAGGAAAUACUAGAGUGUCCUAUGUCAAGUAUGUGACUGUGGAUGUGCAUGGAUAUAGGAUCACACUGGAGCAGAACAGAAUAGUCAAGGUAGAUGGAAACAUUGUCACCUUACCAAAAGCUCUAGCACCAGGUAUUAAUAUAUUCCUGAGUGGACAUGAUGUUGUGGUCACAACAGCUUUUGGCCUUAAUGUAAAAUUUGAUGGAAACCAUAGAGUGGUGGUGACUAUUCCCAGUGAAUAUGUGAAUAAGGUGUGCGGACUCUGUGGUAAUUUCAAUGGGAAUCAGACGGAUGACUUCUUAAACCCAGAUGGAGAAUUAGAGCCAGACUCCAACAGCCUUGGUAACAGUUGGCAAGUUGACAAUGACACCAGUUGUUCUUCAGGUCCACCCACUCAGCCUGUCUGUACCGACGAUGAGAAAGUGACAAUUGCCAGCAAUAGCUUCUGUGGAAUCAUUACCGACAAGAAUGGUCCAUUUAGAGAUUGUCAUGGUGUUGUAGACCCACAAAUCUACUUCAAUAAUUGUCUAUAUGACCUAUGUGAAUUGAAUCUGGAUCCUGGUUCCCUGUGUGACAAUCUUCAGUCCUAUGCACAGUCCUGUCAGUCUAAUGGAGCCGUAGUACAUCCAUGGAGAAAUGACACUUUUUGCCCUCUCAAGUGUCCAUCAAACAGCCAUUAUGAACAGUGUGGGACAGCCUGCCCAGCAACAUGUGUGAAUCAACUAUCUCCAUCUAAAUGCAAUCUUCCAUGCACAGAGUCAUGUAUAUGUGAUCCUGGCUAUGUAUUGUACAAUAACAAAUGUGUAGCCAGUCUCCAGUGUGGAUGUUGGGACAAUGAUAGCCAUUAUCCUGUAGGAUCUGAAUUUUGGAAAGAUGACACUUGCACCACAAAAUGCAGAUGUCCUUCCCCUGGAAGCAGUUUAGUGUGUCAGAGUAACAAAUGUCCAGAUAACCAGUACUGUGCAGUGACAAACCAAAUUCCUAACUGUGUUUACUACUCAUAUGGGGUUUGCCGGGUGCACAAUGAUCCCCACUACGAUACAUUUGACAAGCAGGCUCACCACUUUAUGGGUCUUUGCACAUAUACUUUGUCUAAAUUAUGCACCAACUCCUCAUCACUUCCAUACUUUAAUGUGGAAGCCAAGAAUGAACAUAGGGGGAAUCCAUCUGUUUCUUAUGUGCAAAGAGUGCUUGUGGAAGUUUAUGGUUACAGAAUUCAUAUUGUAAGAAGAGAAAAAUCUCGUAUUUUGGUCAAUAAUAUUUGGACGACUCUUCCAGUAACUUUGAAUGGAGGUGCUGUGAAAGUGGCUAUAAGUGGACGAUAUGUAGUUCUAGACACCGAUUUCAAACUUAAAGUCUCUUAUGACACUGAUCAUUCUGUGGAAGUGAAAUUACCCAACACAUUUGCCAGUGAAGUUUGUGGUAUGUGUGGUAACUUCAACAAUAAAAGACCGGAUGACUUCCAGAUGCCAAAUGGGCAAUUGGCCCAAAAUUCUAAUGAAUUAGGGAAUAGUUGGCUAGUCUAUGACAGAGAUGAUCCAGAUUGUGCAUUGGAACCAACUCAACCACCACCCCCUACGUGUCCUCCAGAGAAGGAAAAUCUGUAUGAAAGUGAUACAUUCUGUGGUUUACUAACAAGCAAAGAUGGUCUGUUUGGUAUAUGUCACUCUGUGGUAGAUCCUAGCAACUUCUUUGAAAGCUGUGUGUACGAUCUGUGCGCUUUAGAUGGAGACAGAAAUAUUUUGUGCACUGCUUUAGAAGCAUAUGCUGAUUCCUGUCAACAACAAGGAGUCACCAUUCCAAACUGGAGAUACAAUACAUCUUGUGUUCCACCCUGUCCAAAUAAUAGCCAUUAUAAUGAAUGCAUGACUGCAUGUCCGGCCACCUGCUUGGAUCCACACGCUCCAGAGAAAUGUAGCUCUCCAUGUGUGGAAGGAUGCAAAUGUAAUGACGGUUAUGUCCUCAGUGCAGGGGCUUGCAUUUCUCAAUCACAAUGUGGUUGCUGGUACAAUGACCAAUAUUACAAUAGAGGGGAUGAAUUUAUUGAAGAAAACUGUGAGAGAAAAUGUCAGUGUCAGGAAAACAAUAUAGUGUCUUGUUCACCUAUGUCUUGUCCGCAAGAUGAAAUCUGUAAGGUGCAAAAUGGAUUGCUGGGCUGCUAUCCACUGAAGACAGUCAUUUGCCACAUUUACGGUGACCCCCAUUAUAACACUUUUGAUGGGACACUCCAUCAUUUCCAAGGAUCUUGUAACUACACUGUGUCAGAGACCUGUGCCAAUACCUCACACAGUUUUAGCGUCACCACACGCAAUGAGCACAGAGGUAACCCAAGCUGGACCGCCAUUAAUUCUGUUGCUGUGACUGUAGACGGUGUGCAUAUCCGAAUAGAGAAGAACAAUAUUGUGCAUGUUAACAAUGUUUUGGUUACUCUUCCUACACAAGUGUCUGACAUAAGCAUCAUAAAAAGUGGCCAGUAUGUUGUAGUUAAUACCAACUUUGGCCUCCAAAUUAAAUUCAAUGGAGAUCAUGAGCUACUUGUUAUAGUGGAUGAGAAAUAUAAAGAUUUGUUGUGUGGGUUGUGUGGUACUUACAACGAUAACCGCCUUGAUGACUUCAUGACACCCGAGGGCAACAUUGUAACUGAUGUCAAUGAAUUUGGAAACAGCUGGAGAGAACCAGAUGAUGGAUGGCCGUGUGACCCCAGUCCUCCUCCACCAUCUACAUGCCUUCCCAACAUACAACAAGAAGCUGAGGAUAAGUGUGAAAUACUAAAGCUCCUCAAUGGCCCCUUUGCACAAUGUCAUGCUCUCAUACCUCCAUAUCAAUACUUUGAGAGUUGUGUAUAUGACCAAUGUGCGACAGGUGGAAAAGAUGAUUAUCUCUGUAGCUCACUAGAAUCUUAUGCUGCAGCAUGUGAAUCCAUGGGGGUAUCUCUUGGUGACUGGAGAAAAGAUACUGUUUGUGAAGUGGUAUCCAGCACAACUCCAUUUAGUACCACAACUACAGUAACUCCUUCAACUACCACCGCCUGUGUAGUUGACACAACAAUUUCAACUGUGACACCUACACCAGAUUUAUGUGAUUUAAACUGUCAUUUUGAUACUGGAUUCUGUGAUUGGAAACAAUCAAAUAUGGAUAAUAUGGACUGGAUACGUUGGCAAGGUUCAACACCAUCUGGUCUUACAGGCCCUUCAUUUGAUCAUACAACUGGAAAUGGAUACUAUCUGUACAUUGAUGGACGUUUUUCCAAUGAGGGAGACAUGGCAAUUUUGGAGAGUCCUGCUAACUGUUUCACUGGAAAUCACUGCUUACGUUUCUGGUACCACAUGUAUGGAGCUGCACAAUACAUGGAACUAAGGGUGGCUGUUUUAAGAGCAGAUGGUUUGGAAUAUGUGACCAUCCUAGAGGGCAAUAAAGGGGACAUUUGGCAUUUUGAAGAGAUUUUCUUGAUAGGCAGUGACAUCAUCCAGAUUUUUAUUGAAGGAAUCAGAGGUGAAGACUAUCUCAGUGAUGUGGCCAUAGAUGAUAUAUCUCUUAUUCGUGGAUACUGUGUUGGUUGUACCAGUUCAAUACCAACUGUUACUACUUCUUCUACUACUAGAACCAGCAGCUCCACUUCUGUGUCCCCCUCAACUCUUCCUACCACUACCCCAUCCACUACAUCUAUUACAACUGCCACAGCCACUACUACAUCUACUACCACUAGACCAACCACACCAACAUCUACAGCAACAAAUACAUCCACCCCUACAUCUACCACCACAGGACCACCAACUUCAACACCUGCUAAGACCACCACACCCACCCCUACAUCUACUAUUACUGAACCGUUCACAUCAGCAUCUGCUACAACAACCACAUCCACCCCUACAUCUACCACUAUAGGACCAUCUACCUCAACAUCUACUUCAACAACCACAUCCACUCCUACAUCUACUACAACUGGACCACCCACUCCAACAUCUACAGCAACAACCACAUCCACCCUUACAUCUACCACCACAGAACCACCAACUCCAACAUCUGCUAAGACCACCACAUCCACCCCAACAUCUACUACAAAUGGACCAUCCACUCUAACACCUACUAUGACUACCACCUCAACACCUGCUAAGACCACCACACCCACCCCUACAUCUACUAUUACUGAACUGUCCACACCAACAUCUGCUACAACAACCACAUCCACCCCUACAUCUACCACCAUAGGACCAUCUACCUCAACAUCUACUUCAACAACAUCCACUCCUACAUCUACUACAACUGGACCACCCACUCCAACAUCUACAGCAACAACCACAUCCACCCUUACAUCUACCACCACAGGACCAUCUACUUCAACAUCUACUACAACCACCACAUCCACCCCUACAUCUACCACAACUGAACUACCUAGUCCAACCUCUACUUCUGCAACCGCAUCCCUCCCUUCAUCUACUACCACUACGUCUACCACCACAGGACCCUCUACUUCAACAUCUACUACGACCACCACAUAUACCUCUAUAUCUACCACUACUGAACUAUCCACUCCAACAUCAAAGGCAACAACCACAUCCACCCCUACAUCUACCACCACAGGACCAUCUACCACCACAUCUCCUACGACCACCACAUCUACCACUACUGAACUGUCCCCUCCAACAUCUACAGCAACAACCACAUCCCCCACUAUAUCAUCCACUACAGAAACAUUUGCUUCAACAUCUACUACAACAACCACAUCCCCCCCUACAUCUACCACCACAGGACCAUUUACAACCACAUCUCCUACGACCACCACAUCAACCUCAACAUCUGUCACUACUGAACUGUCCACUCCAACAUCUACAGUAACAACCACAUCCCCCUCUACAUCUACCACCAUAGGAACAUCUACUUCAACAUCUACUACGACCACCACAUCCACCCCUACAUCUAUAAUCACUGAACCAUCCACUCCAACAAUUACUAGAACAACCACUUCCCCCCCUACAUCUACCACCACAGAACCAUCUACCACAACAUCUCCUAUGACCACCACAUCUACCUCUACCACUACUGAACUAUCCACUACAACAUCUAAAGCAACAACCACAUCCCCCCCUACAUCUACUACCACAGGACCAUCUACCACAACAUCUACGACAACCACAUCCACCCCUACAUCUACUAUUACUGAACCAUCCACACCAACAUCUACUACAACAACCACAUCCACCCCUACAUCUACCACCACUAGACCACCCACUCCAACUUCUACUAUGACCACCACAUCCACCCCUACAUCAAUCACCACUGUACCACCAACUUCAACAUCUACUAUGACAAGCAUAUCCACCCCUACAUCUACCACAGAUGACAUAUGUCACAUUACCUGCUCUUUUGAAAAUGGCUACUGUGACUGGAAACAAUCAAAGACAGAUAACAUUGACUGGAUACGCUGGAAAGGUGCUACACCAUCUGAUUCCACUGGACCUUCCUCUGACCACACAACAGGAGAUGGCUACUAUCUCUACAUUGAUGGGCAAAAGUCAAAGGAGGGAGACUUAGCUAGGUUAGAGAGUCCUGCCAAUUGUUUUACUGGAAACUACUGCUUGCGGUUCUGGUACCACAUGUAUGGACUUGCAAAGAACAUGGAGCUAAAGGUCGCUGUUUUAAGACAAGACGGUUUGGAAUAUAUGGUCCAUCUGGAGGGCAAUUAUGGAGAUGUGUGGCUGCUAGAAGAGAUUUUCUUGCCAGAAAGUGACAUCAUCCAGAUUUUUAUUGAAGGCAUCAUAGGAGAAGACUAUCGCAGUGAUGUGGCCAUAGAUGAUAUAUCUCUUACACGUGGAUAUUGUGGAAAAACCACUACUACCACCUCUACCACCACUGCAAGAACUUCAACAACAUCAGAAAAAUCUACCAUCACCCCAAAACCUGUCACAGCAGAUGAAAUAACUGCAGGCUCAACAAAGUCUUCAACAACUGGUUUCACCACAGCAACGCCCAGCGCUACGUCAUCUUCCACCACUUCUAUGCAUACUCCCACUUUAACCACUAGCACCACUACGCAUCCCACAUCUACCAUCAUUACCCCAACUACUUUAACUUCUACUACUUCUACUACUACUUUAACUUAUCCUACAUCUACCUCUGCUACUCCACCCACUACUAAAUCUACCACCCCUGUCCAGUCCACUUCAACCCCAACUAUAUCUAUCCCUCCCACAGCAACCUCUACUUCAACUUCCUCAUCCUCUCCAACCACUACAACUGUUUCAUCAACUACAACCGCUUCAACAUAUAUUUCACCCACUGCAACUUCUACUACACCUGUCUCUACAAAAUCUAUUACUACACCAUAUACUCCUACAUCUUUUACAACUUUACCUACUACUACAAUAUCAACUGACUCUUCCACGAGCGAUAACACUUCUACAGGGUUUACUGUGAAAACACCAUCUUCUGACAUAUGUCACAUUACCUGUUCUUUUGAAAAUGGCUACUGUGACUGGAAGCAAUCAAAGACAGAUAACAUUGACUGGAUACGCUGGAAAGGUGCUACACCAUCUGAUUCCACUGGACCUUCUUCUGACCACACAACAGGAGAUGGAUACUAUCUCUACAUUGAUGGGCAACAGUCAAAGGAGGGAGACUUAGCUAGGUUAGAGAGUCCUGCCAAUUGUUUUACUGGAAACUACUGCUUGCGAUUCUGGUACCACAUGUAUGGACUUGCAAACAAUAUGGAGCUAAAGGUCGCUGUUUUACGACAAGAUGGUUUGGAAUAUAUGGUCCACCUAGAGGGCAAUUACGGAGAUGUGUGGCUGCUAGAAGAGAUUUUCUUGCCAGAAAGUGACAUCAUCCAGGUGACUACUUCCAGUAGAAGUGAUAAGGAAAUCAAGAUUUUCAUUGAAGGCAUCAUAGGAGAAGACUAUCGCAGUGAUGUGGCCAUAGAUGACAUCUCUCUUAUACCUGGAUAUUGUGGUUUCACCACAGCAUCGCCCAGUGCUACUUCAUCUUCCACCACUUCUAUGCAUACUUCCACUUCAACCACUAGCACCACUAUGCAUCCCACAUCUACCAUCAUUACCCCAACUACUUUAACUUCUACUACUACUUUAACUUAUCCUACAUCUACCUCUGCCACUCCACCCACUACUAAAUCUACCACCCCUGUCCAGUCCACUUCAACCCUAACUACAUCUAUCCCUCCCACAGCAACCUCUACUUCUACUGCAUCAUCUACUUCUUCAUCUACCACCCCUGUCCAGCCCACUUCAACCCCAACUACAUCUAUCCCUCCCACAGCAACCUCUACUUCUACUGCAUCAUCUACAUCUUCAUCUACCACCCCUGUCCAGUCCACACCACCCUCAACUACACCUAUCCCUCCCACAGCAACCUCAACGUCAACUUCCUCAUCCUCUCCAACCACUACCACUGUUUCAUCAACUACAACCUCUACAACAUAUAUUUCACCCACUGCAACUUCUACUACACCUGUCUCUACAAAAUCUACUACUACACGAUAUACUCCUACAUCUUUUACAACGUUACCUACUACUACAAAAUCAACUGACUCUUCCACUUCUACAGUGUUUACUGUGAAAACACCAUCUUCUGAUAAACCUACAAUCACCCCACAACCCAUUGUUUCUGCCACAAUAGACAUAUGUCACAUAAGCUGUUCUUUUGAAAAUGGCUACUGUGACUGGAAGCAAUCAAAGACAGAUAACAUUGACUGGAUACGCUGGAAAGGUGCUACACCAUCUGAUUCCACUGGACCUUCUUCUGACCACACAACAGGAGAUGGAUACUAUCUCUACAUUGAUGGGCAACAGUCAAAGGAGGGAGACUUAGCUAGGUUAGAGAGUCCUGCCAAUUGUUUUACUGGAAACUACUGCUUGCGAUUCUGGUACCACAUGUAUGGACUUGCAAACAAUAUGGAGCUAAAGGUCGCUGUUUUACGACAAGAUGGUUUGGAAUAUAUGGUCCACCUAGAGGGCAAUUACGGAGAUGUGUGGCUGCUAGAAGAGAUUUUCUUGCCAGAAAGUGACAUCAUCCAGAUUUUCAUUGAAGGCAUCAUAGGAGAAGACUAUCGCAGUGAUGUGGCCAUAGAUGACAUCUCUCUUAUACCUGGAUAUUGUGUUGGAUCAACAACUGCUUCCACAACUACCACCACUGCAAAAACUUCAAUGCCAUCAGUUAUCCCAUCAACGACUACAAGCACCACCACCACAACAACAGGUUCUACUCCAACUUCCACAACACCAUUUGUGCCGCCAGAUUUCGGUAUCUGCGAAGUUAGCGGAGAUCCACAUUAUUAUACUUUCGAUAACCAGGUUCACCACUUCAUGGGUACUUGCACGUACACUCUGUCGAAGCUCUGUGAAGGAAAUCAAACAGAUUUCAAUGUGGAAGCAGCAAAUGAGCACAGGGGAGGCAACACCAAAGUGUCAUAUGUUAAGUAUGUAAAUGUAUACGUCUAUGGAUAUAAGAUAACAUUGGAGAAAAGCAGAGUUGUGAAGCUUAAUGGAAACAAAGUGACACUGCCAAUUUCCUUGGUACCUGAUGUUGAUGUAUUUAUCAGUGGUUCCAAUGUAGUGGUGACGACAGGCUUUGGAUUGAAAGUGAAGUUUGAUGGAAACCACAAAGUCCAAGUAACGAUCCCAGGAAACUACUCUGGUAAAGUCUGCGGACUUUGUGGAAAUUUCAAUGGCAAUGCCGCUGAUGAUUUCCUAAAUCCAGAUGGUGUAUUAGAACCAAAUUCCACCAGUCUUGGAAACAGUUGGCAAGUGGAUAAUGACACAAGUUGUACUCCAGUAGGUGGUCACUACCCUAAUUGUACUGAUGAUGAGAAAGACACCAUUCUCAGCAGUGGCUUCUGUGGAAUCAUCACUGACAAGAAUGGACCAUUUAAAGAUUGCCAUAAUGUUAUCAACCCUCUAGUAUACUUUGAGAACUGUGUAUAUGAUCUGUGUGAAACCAGCCUGGAUAAGGACAUUUUGUGUGAUAGUCUUCAGGCCUAUGCUGAAUCCUGUCAGUCUAAUGGUGUUACAAUUGAAGCAUGGAGAAAUGACACUUUCUGUCCAUCAAAGUGUCCGCCAAACAGUCAUUAUGAACAUUGUGGAACUGCCUGUCCGGCUACCUGUGUCAACCCUGGAGCCCCCUCUACCUGUACUCUUCCCUGCACUGAAUCCUGUAUAUGUGACCCAGGUUAUGUCCUUUAUGGCAACAAGUGUGUUCCGGACAACAAAUGCGAUUGCUGGGAUGAUGAUGAUAGGUAUUAUCCUGUAGGCUCAGAGUUCUGGACAGAUGAUACUUGUUCUACAAAGUGUAAAUGCCCCUCAGUCGGAAGUGGUUUAGUGUGUGAAAGUGAUUCCUGCCCCAGUAACCAGUAUUGUGGAAUUUCAAAUGGAAAACCCAUUUGCCAGUACUUCACCUACGGCUAUUGUAGGGUUCAUAAUGAUCCUCAUUAUGAUACCUUUGAUAGAGUAAAUCAUGACUUCAUGGGUCUAUGCACAUAUACCCUUGCAAAGCUAUGCAACAAUUCUUCUUCUGCACAGUAUUUUAACAUUCAAGCUAAAAAUGAACACCGAGGAGACCCAGAUGUAUCAUUUGUGAAGCACGUCCUUAUUGAAGUUUAUGGACAAAAAGUUCAAAUAAUGAAAACUGAAAAAGAUCGCGUUUUGGUCAAUGAAGUCUGGACCACACUUCCUGCUACUUUAGUUGGAGGAGCAGUGACUGUCACCUGGACUGGAAAAUAUGUCAGCCUCCAGACUGAUUUUAAAUUGACUGUCUCAUAUGAUGUAGAUACCUUUGUGGAAGUAAAACUUCCCAGUAAUUUCUCAGGUCAAACCUGUGGAAUGUGCGGAAAUUAUAACAAUCGCAAAUCCGAUGAUUAUAUGAUGCCCAACGGACAGCAGGCAGGGAACUCUGAACAGCUAGGCCACAGCUGGAUGGUAGAAGAUGAUGAUCCACUUUGUAAUCCAGAUGAUCCUGAGCCUUCACCUCCACCAACAUGUACACCAGAGAAUGAUGAACUGUACAGAAGUGAUGCAUUUUGCGGUCUUCUCAAGAGUAAAUAUGGUCCUUUCUAUAACUGUACUUCUGCUAUCAAUCCUGAGGGAUUCUUAGAAAGCUGCAUAUUUGAUAUGUGUGCACUUAACGGAGAUCCAGACACUUUUUGCAGUCUGUUAGCAGCCUAUGCUGAUGCUUGCCAGAAGGAAGGCAUUCCUAUAUCUUGGAGAAACAUCACAUUUUGUCCACUUGAAUGUCCAAUCAACAGUCACUUUACCACAUGUGCAUCUGCUUGCCCAGCAACAUGUGUGGACCCAAAACCCACAGGAAACUGCAGUUUAUCAUGUUCAGAAGGUUGUGAGUGUAAUCCUGGAUAUGUCAUCAGCGGAGGAACUUGCGUUUCUGAGUCGCACUGUGGCUGUGUUGAAAAUGGCAUUUAUUACAUGGAAGGGGAACAAUUCAUUCGAGGUAACUGUGAGGAUCAGUGUAUCUGUCAAGGAAACAACAGUGUGUACUGCUCACCAAUGUCAUGUGCAAAAGAUGAAAUCUGCAAGGUUCAAGAUGGCUUACUGGGCUGCUUCCAACCAAGCACGGCAAUUUGCCACAUUUAUGGAGACCCCCAUUAUACUACUUUUGAUGGCACACUCCAUCACUUCCAGGGAGCUUGCACCUACACUGUGACAGAGACAUGUGCUUAUGCAUCCCAGAACUUCAGUGUCACCACACGUAAUGAGCACAGAGGCAACCCAAGCUGGACUGCCAUUAAUUCUGUAACUCUGACUGUCAAUGGAAUAGAGAUCUUCAUUGGAAAGAACAACAUUGUGCUUGUUAAUAAUGUGGCUGUCAUCCUGCCUGUGAAUGAAUCCAACAUAAUUGUCACCCAGAAGGGCCAGUAUGUUACAGUCACUACAGACUUUGGCCUUGAACUUCAGUUUAAUGGUGACCAUGAAUUGUUUGUGAGAGUGAAAGAGAAUUACAAGGGAGCACUAUGUGGUUUGUGUGGCACCUACAAUGAUAACUCUCAUGAUGACUUCACGACUCCUGAUGGCAGCAUUGUAACCAGUGUUAAUGACUUCGGAAACAGUUGGAGAGUACCAGAUAAUGGAUGGCCAUGUGAUUCCACUCCUCCGCCUCCACCACCCUGUCCUCCACUUCUAGAGCAAGAAGCUUCACAGAAAUGUUGGAUUAUCAGACAAAGUGAUGGACCUUUCAGACCUUGCCAUUCCGUCCUUCGUCCCCACAAGUAUUUUGAGAGCUGUAUCUUUGAUCAGUGUGUCACUGGUGGAAGUGAUGAUCUGAUUUGUAGUGUCCUUUCAUCAUAUGCUGCAGCAUGUGAAGCUCUAGGAGUGGAUUUGGGAGACUGGAAAAACAACACUAUUUGUGAUCCAAAUAGACCAUCAACAACUCCACCUAGGCCAUCUACUGCACCAACCCAAAGCCUUUCCACUUCUACUGCUCCAGUUGUUCCAGAUGUGACCACUGCUACAACUAAAAGAACUACCACAGCACCAACAUCUCCAAUAACAUCCACACAAACAACAACUCCAACAGCAGAUCCAACAACUCCAACAAUAAGUACUACUGCCACCAGUGCUCCAAGUAUAAGUACUACCACAGCACCAACAACAACUUCAAUAAUAACCAACCCAACAACAACUCCAACAGCAGAUCCAACAACUCCAACAAUAAGUACUACUGCCAUUGCUCCAAGUACAAGUACUACAACAGCACCACCAACAACUUCAAUAAUAACCAACCCAACAACUCCAACAGCAGAUCCAACAACUCCAACAAUAAGUACUACUGCCAUUGCUCCAACUACAAGUACUACCACAGCACCAACAACAACUUCAAUAAUAACCAACCCAACAACAACUCCAAUAGCAGAUCCAACAACUCCAACAAUAAGUACUACUGCCACCAGUGCUCCAACUACAAGUACUACCACAGCACCAACAACAUCUUCAAUAAUAACCAACCCAACAACUCCAACAGCAGAUCCAACAACUCCAACAAUAAGGACUACUGCCACCAGUGCUCCAACUACAAGUACUACCACAGCACCAACAACAACUUCAAUAAUAACCAACCCAACAACAACUCCAACAGCAGAUCCAACAACUUCAACAAUAAGGACUAGCACUAUCACCACCAGUGCUGCAACUCCAAGUAUUACCACAACACCAACAACAAUUCAAACAACAACACCAGCAACAACUCCAAUAACAUCAACUCCAACAACAAAAAUUAUGACUACGACUACUACUACUGACACCACCACCACCACCACCCCAACCCCUACUACUACUACAAAAACACCAGACACUAUUGCAAUCUGCAGUGCCUCUGGAGAUCCCCACUACAAUACGUUUGAUGGCGCAGUUCAUCAUUACAUGGGGAACUGCAGCUACACACUCACCAACCUGUGCAAUGCAUUAUCCAGUGGACUUCCAUACUUCCAUGUCUAUACCACCAAUGAGCACAGAGGCUCCAACACUAAAGUAUCAUAUGUGCAGUCAGUGCACGUAGAAGUGUACAACACUAAUUUUACAAUGCUGAAGAACAAAAAGUUAAAUGUUGAUGGAAAGAGAACAAACGUGCCAAUUACUUUAAACAGUGGAAUCAGAGUCUACCUCAGUGGAAAUUACUUAAUUUUGGAGACAAACUUUGGACUACAAGUGAGGUUUGAUGGUAACCAUUACACUGAUGUUACCGUGCCAUCAAUACUGAAGGGCCAAGUUUGUGGACUGUGUGGCAACUACAAUGGCAACGCAGCAGAUGACAAUUUGAAGCCUGAUGGAAGCUUAGCUUUGAAUUCAAAAGAACUUGGAGAUAGCUGGCUGGUUGUCCAAGACAAUAAAGUGUGUGGAAGUCAAGACCUUGAAGUCUGUGAUCCUAAUCUUGAAAUAGAGUAUAGCAGGGAUACGAGAUGUGGCAUUAUAAACAAUCCUUCAGGUAUCUUCAAGGACUGCCAUGCUCUUGUGAACCCCCAACGUUUCUUUGAAAACUGCAUAAUGGACAUGUGCUUCACUGGUGGCGAGUCAAAUUCCCUAUGCUAUGCUGUGCAAGCAUAUGCCCAACAGUGCUCGGAUGCUGGACUAUGUGUUGAGUGGAGAUCAGACACCUUCUGCCCAAUUUCUUGUCCUGCAAGAAGCUAUUAUAAGAGCUGUGGUACAACAUGCCCCGACACUUGCUUCAGUUCUCAGCCGGUGGCACCAUGCAAGGCAGAGUCCAUAGAAGGUUGCUUCUGCAAUGACACUUAUGUCCUGAGUGGAGACAGAUGUGUUCCUCAGAGUGACUGUGGAUGCACUGAUGAAAAUAACAACUCUUUUCAGCUUGGAGAAAGUUGGUUCACCCAUGAGAACUGCACCCAGCGCUGCACAUGCAAUAAGAAUAAUAACAUCACUUGUGAGGACUGGCAGUGCGGAGACCGAGAAAAAUGCCAGCGGGAGGAUGGCGUGCUGGGAUGUCAAUCCUCAGGUGUUGCAGCUUGCCAUAUCUUUGGAGAUCCUCACUUCUACACAUUUGAUAAAGUGAUACACAGUUUUAUGGGCACAUGUACCUACAUUCUAGUAGAUGUGUGUAAUAAGAGAAGCAUUAUUCCAUUUACCAUCAAAGGAAAAACAGAGGAUCGUGGACAAAGGGCAGCAACAUACCUGAAAGAGAUUUACAUCGAUAUUUAUGAUUUACGUAUCACCUUCCAGAAAGACAGGCGAACUCUUGUGGAUAACACCCGCAUCCAAACACCAUGGUCUGAAUAUUUGAAAGGAAUUACAAUUGAAAAUGUCGGUCUUUACACUGUGGUGACUACAGACUUUGGAAUGAUUGUUAAGUUUGAUGGAAAUCACCAUCUAGAGGUUGUCCUCCCUGAGGCAUACUUUGGCAAGGUGUGUGGUAUGUGCGGUAACUUCAAUGCUCAGGGCAAUGAUGAUUUACUUAUGCCAAACGGCCUUCUAGCUGCAAAUGUUACACAAUUUGGUAACAGCUGGAAAUCAGAAGAAGACAGUGACAAAAAUUGCAUGGAUGAUUCACGAGAUGAUCUAACUCCAACUUGUACAGCCACUGAAUUGCCAAGUGUUCAGACCCAGUGUGAUGUUCUCCUGACAGACACAUUUAAAGCAUGCCAUAAUCUAGUCCGUCCAGAGCUGUUUAUCCAGACCUGUGUAUAUGACAUGUGCAGAUACAAUGGCAUGGUGUCUACCUUAUGUGCUGUAGUCCAAGCCUAUGUUGAUGCAUGUAGGACUCAGGGAGUGAACAUUGAAUGGAGGACUGCAUCUUUCUGCCCCUUGGCAUGCCCAGCAAACAGUCACUAUACCGACUGUGCAUCUUUGUGUCCACCUACCUGCACCAACAUCUAUGCUCCAGAUCUCUGCAACAAGCCAACAACAUGUUUGGAAGGCUGUGUCUGUAAUGACGGCUAUGUUCUCAGCGGUGGCCAAUGUGUUUCACUUCAAUCUUGCGGCUGCAGGGAUUCCAAUGAUAACUACUACAAUGUUGAUGAGAGCUGGAUUACUCGUGGCUGUACACAGAAAUGCCAGUGCACAAAGGGCAAUGAAAUCAAAUGCAAACCAUUCAGCUGUCCACAUGGAAUCUGCAGUGUGAACAAGAAUGGCCAUUACAACUGUAAACCUCUAGGUUACACCAAGUGCACUGUCGCAGGUGAUCCCCAUUACAAGACUUUUGAUGGGCUUUCCCAUCACUUCCAGGGCAAACAGACGUACAUGAUAGCAACAACAUCCUCCGCCCUACCCGACUUCAUGGAGCCAUUUAAGAUCAUAGGCAAAAAUGAACCCAUGUAUCCCUUCAGCAAGUUCAGUUUGCUGAAGGAGCUACAAAUUGAAGUCUACAACCACAUUAUAUUAUUCAAACAAAACAAGAUAUUAGUGUUGGAUGGUGUGAGAACAGUACCUCCUGUACACCCACAUGAAGGAAUAAGGAUUUUUCAGAGACCGACAAGAAUUUACCUGGAGACUGACUUUGGUCUUGCUAUCAACUUUGAUGGCCAAGAAAAUGCAGAAAUCACUGUGCCGAGUACAUAUAGAGAAAUGCUUCAAGGACUGUGUGGCAAUUUUGAUGGAAGACCCUCCAAUGAUUUUAGGAAUCCAGCAGGAACACUUGUCAUUGAUGUAAACACAUUCGGUGAAAGUUGGAAUAUCAAAUCACUUAAGUCAGGCUUAAGAUCCAGACGUGACACAGCAUUGCAAAAUGAAGUAGAAGAUGAAGAUGUAAUAUUAAAUACGGGCGACAAUUUUGCCUGCUCUGCUUCUGGCCUUGAAUUUGUGAACAGCUCUUCAUUCUGUGGAGUUAUGAGAGACGUCAAUGGACCAUUUAAAAGCUGCAUCCCAUACAUAUCUCCAGAAGACUUUAUUGUGGACUGUAUAUUUGACACAUGUGCUGAGUUCCAAAGUAAAGAAUUACUUUGCAUUAACCUUGAACAAUAUGCACUUGCCUGUCAGCAAAAUGAAUCUAUAGUUGAUGGAUGGAGAGAAAGAACUGCUUGUGCAAUGUCUUGUGGUAGCAACAGUCUCUACACAAACCGCAUGAGCGCCUGUCCAGCUUCCUGCAACAACCUGGCAUCUGAGUCUGAGUGUGAGGCGCCUGUCUGUGAAGGAUGUCAAUGUAAAGCUGGCUAUGUUCUUAGUGGUUAUGACUGUGUACCAUAUAAAGAUUGUGGAUGCACCUUCCUCAAUAAGUACUACAAGAAAGGAGAAUCCUUUAUCACAGAUGACUGCUUGCAGAAUUGUACUUGUACAGACACCUCAGCUAUGAUUUGUGAGAGCAUGCAAUGUAAGCCAGGAGAGGAAUGUACAACAUCCAGUCAGAUCCGUGGAUGUUAUAUCCCAAGCCCUUGUCUAGAGAAUCCUUGUGAAAAUGGUGGUACGUGUGUGGAGAAUCCAGGAGCAGGAAAUUCCACCAGUAGUUUUACCUGUCAGUGCCCAUCCACCCACACUGGAGUGUUAUGUGAAGAUGACAAAGAAGAAAACUCACAAAUUAUCUACAUAGUGAUUGGUGUCGUUGUGGGAGUGUCACUCAUCAGCAUUGCAUUUAUGACUGCUGCAUAUUUCUACUUCAAAUCCAGAAAAAGCAAGAAGAGGUUUUUGGAUAACACAGAUUCCUUUGACAAUGGGGGUGACAGCAUAUCAGUGAUAUCAGUGAACAUGGCUUAUGGCGAACCACAAACACAAGAUAAUUUUGCAUAUGAUGACAACUAUAUUGACAAUAGAGUCCGUGAAAGUCAUGCCCAGGACAAUGUGAAUGUAAGUGUGGACAAGGAAGAUCCCUGGGGGAAAGUUAAUCGAGGAUUUGAAGAAGACGCUGGUAUAAAUGCACAUUCAUUUGAUGAAGUGGCCAUAUUCUAAAUCAGUACAGGUCUAAGCUAUUACCAGCUUUGUAAUUAUAAUGUAUUGUAUGUAAACAUGUAACUUUGUGAAAUAAAUAUGAAAAUAAAAAAAAACUAAGCAUAUCUAUAAAUGUGAGUCUUGUAUGAAUUAAAUAAUGCACACCUAUACUUCAGGUUAUUCUUGAAUUACCUUGUGCUUGGAUAUUAGGGGAAGUAUACACAGCAAUUCUAUGAUGUAUAUUCUAUAUCCGAAUUGCUAACUUUAUAAUACAGUUUAGUAAUCGUCUCUCUCUAUACACUGCAAGGAAGAGACAUAUCACUCAAGCUGGCUGGCCGGGGAGCAGGACCCACCCUGAGGCAUAGUUACUCAGGUCCCAGCAACAUUUUUAAAUUGUUAUAAGCCCAAGGGUCUCAGAGUAAUUCUUAGUAUGUCGGGAUCUCAAUGCCUACAAUGGGCAGCCUGAAACUGAUGACAGGUUCCCUUUUAUUCUAGAACAGGCAUAGACAACCUUCGGCACUGCAGAUGUUUUGGACUACAUCUCCCAUGAUGCUUUUGUAGCAUUUUGGCUGUAAGAGCAUC